CGGCAAGUCUAUCCGGGAUACUGGAACCACCAAGGACAUGGUUGCUUUGGUCUCAGAUGGUGUUUCCAGCUACGCCAAACAGCUCCUUCAGGCUGAUGGGUGGAUUGUUGAAGAAAUUAGUUUAUUGGCAAACCCAAAUCAAGUGAGACCGACCAGGUUUUGGGGCGUCUAUACGAAACUGAAAAUCUUCAAUAUGACUAAUUACAAGAAAGUGGUGUAUCUUGAUGCUGAUACAAUAGUUGUGAAGAGCAUUGAAGACUUAUUUAAAUGUGAAAAGUUCUGUGCAAACUUGAAGCACUCUGAAAGGCUGAAUUCUGGAGUCAUGGUUGUUGAGCCAUCUGAAGAACUUUUUAAGGAUAUGAUUAGCAAGGUUACCACUUUACAUUCUUACACUGGAGGUGAUCAAGGGUUUCUCAACUCCUACUAUGCUGGGUUUCCUAAUGCUCAUCUGUUUGAGCCGAACUUACCACAAGAUGUUUUAAAAUCUAGGCCCCUUCCUAAAAUGGAGAGACUUUCUACUCUUUACAAUGCAGAUGUUGGCCUAUACAUGCUUGCUAACAAGUGGAUGGUUGAUGAGAAAGAACUGCGUGUUAUACAUUACACACUUGGGCCACUCAAACCAUGGGAUUGGUGGACAUCUUGGCUUGUCAAACCGGUUGAUGUCUGGCAGAAUGCCAGGGUGCAGCUUAAGGAAACUUUACCAGGAACCCAUGGAGGCAAAAAUCCUAAAGAUGAUUUUUUUGUCAAAUUGCUUUGCCUGUUUCCGUUAUUUCUUGUACUUUUCUGCUUCUACCGGUCAUAUUUACAGACGCGCUCACUUUAUGAUCAUAUGAAACAUAUAUACUACAAGUUCAGAGCAGGAGGUAUCCUUCCUUAUUCUUCAGUUCCUCCAUCCAUCAUCAGCUCCAACCAACAGUUAACAGAUGGUACACAGUUUAAGGUGCCUUCUUAUGUAUGUGGGUUGUCAAUCUUUGUCUGUUUUGGUGCUGCUUUGCUGUCCCUUGGGCUCUCUCUCCUAAUCAUCCCCCGCCAAAUAAUGCCCUGGACUGGUCUCAUCCUAAUGUAUGAGUGGACAUUCACGCUUUUCUUCCUCUUCUUUGGAAGUUACUUGAAUGUAGUCCGGCAAUGGGGAAAGCUGAUGGGAAAUCAAGUGGGCAGUUCUCGAUCUGAGUCAUUGGCAUAUGAUUCAGCAAAAGUUCAUCAGCGGCAGCAGUCAUGUUGUGACAUGGCUGCAUGGAACUAUGGUUUAGGAAUGGCUUUUCUUGCCAUUGCAACCCCAUCACUGCCUUGUCUUUUUGGGGUCACUUCACUGUUUUUGAGGUUGGGUAUGAUGGUGGGAGCAGGAAUUGUUCUAGCAUCCUUCAUGACAUAUGCUUCAGAGCACAUGGCAAUUAUAUCAUUCAUGAAAGGCCUGGAAGAGAAAGACACACAUAGGAGUAGUAGUAGUAGUAGAAGCUUAUGUUUCUUGUGCUGACUUUUUAAUCAUGUAUAUGUCAGCUAACCCAUAACACUUCCUUUUUUUAGUGUAGUUUGUUGUGUGUUCUACUGUAUGGCAGAGAUUGUAUAUCAUCUUUGAAAUUUUAGCUAAUGUUAAAAAAAGAAAGAAGAAAAUCUCUUUUUCUGUUGUGUUGAAGUGAAAAUUGUGAGAAGUAGGUGUUGUUUGUCCCUAGGAAGGAGACGAGGACACGUACCAUUUUUUAUACAUGUCUAUUUCU